AUGUUGAAAAAGGACGAUGAUUACAAAUCUUCUUACGACCUGAAUUCAUUCAUGUCUUCAUCUUCCUCAUCAUCCUCAGCUGAAGAAGAAGAUGAAGACGGAGAUCUCUCUCCAGCUCUUCCGAAGAAUCUGAAUCACAUACAACUAAAAUUUGAGAAGCUGCCUGUUGAAACUUCGAUAAAAAAAUCGCAGGAGUUUUUCAGUUUAAUGGAUAAAAGAAGAACAGUUCGUCAUUUUAGCAAUGAACCUGUACCAAUUGAAAUAAUCCAUAAUAUUAUCAGGACUGCAGGGACUGCUCCUAGUGGGGCGCAUACCGAACCUUGGACGUACGUUGUAGUAGGCUCUCAAGAAAUUAAGCAACAAAUUAGAGAAAUAGUUGAAAAUGAAGAAGAAACUAACUACAAAAAACGAAUGGGUAAAGUUUGGACAACAGAUCUGAAACCUUUAAAGACAAAUUGGUUGAAGCAAUAUCUAACCGACGCUCCUUAUUUGAUUUUGGUAUUCAAGCAGCUUUAUAGUUUCAAAGACGAUGGAAAAAAGAAAUUACAUUAUUAUAAUGAACAAAGUGUAUCUUUAGCUUCAGGAAUUUUGUUGGCAGCUAUACAUUAUGCUGGACUAGUAUCUCUUACUUCAACGCCUCUAAACUGUGGACCGGCAUUAAGGGCCCUCUUACAAAGACCAAGCUCAGAAAAACUAACACUUCUCAUACCUGUGGGAUACCCAGCAGAUGACUGUCUAGUACCAGAUCUCAAACGUAAACCUUUAGAAGAAAUUUUAGUAGAAAUUUAGUAGUUUCUAUAUUGAUAUUUGAAUUAAAUACAUUAGAAACGAUAUUUCGAUAAUUAUAUAAGUUUUUCUUUGUUCUUGAAUGCCGUGCUAUUGUUGAAAUUGUUAUUUUGAAUAGUCUUUCAUUACUUUUUGUGUGUCAUUAGAGUGUUUAAAACGUAAUAUGUAAUUUGCACGGAAAAUGUACUAGCGGGGACUUCACAUGAGAGACUCAAAAAAAUUUAAACUCGAUCUCUUUUUGAGAAAACGAUUUUAUUUAUGUUCAAAGAAAUCACCAAUGCACUCUUUUAACUGGAGUUUGCACCACCUAUGAGCUUUAAGGCAGCCAUUUUAUGGAAUUUUCUCAGAAAAUUAAUGAAAUAAAACGACCCCGUAAAUGUUUUUAAUGUUGAAAAAACAUUAGAAAUCACACAUGGCCUAAUCAGGUGAAAUUGAUGGAUACUCGAUGACUGUUGCUAUAUACAUUAUCGUGAAUAACAACCCUCGAAUAAGAACUGCAGGUAAACAUUUGUACAGUAGCCUUGGAAAGUGAUACAGUGUGGAUUGGAGUACUGUCAUGAAGCAAUCGCACACCUUGGAUGAUUUUGCCACACCUUUUUUCGAUAAUUUUUUGACGCAAAUAUCUCAGUAGGUCAGUAUAGUAUGUUGUGUUCACGUUUGUAUUUGAUUCCGUCAAUCAAACGUAUCCCCUCACAGUCCUAAAAUAUUGUAGUUAUCACUUUUUUGGUGCUCUUCGUGACCUUUACUUUUUUGACACGGGCUCUCCUUUCCGAUGCCAUUCCAUGGCAUCUUUUGGAUCUCACUGGUUACAAUCCUUAGUACACUUGUUUUGAAAAUGACGGUCUGCGCUGCAAUUUAUUUUGUUAUUAGGCGCCGGUCUCUUAGAACUUCCACUAAUUUAAUGUUUUCUGAAGUAAUCACCUCACAAGACCUCCCGCACGUGAGUCAUCUUCUAAUGAUUCUCGUCCCUAGCGGAACAACUUUCUUCGGCCAAUUUUUAAUUGUUCAAAAUGAUGGAUACAAGUCACGGUAAAUGCCACAUUUUUCUAAACACCUUGACUGAUUGAUCGUUCGAGCUUUAGGUACUAUAAUAAACGUAAAAGUUCAAACUUUUUGUAAAGCUGGUUGAGACUUAUCAGUGAAGCGCGGAUAAAAAUUUCUGCGAACACAAUCUAUUUACUAUAUGAGGCCAGGAACUUAUGAACAGCACGACGUACGUUUCAUCACCUGUUAUUUUUUUAAAAUGAUCAGAAUGUUUCUCACUCGAUCCGCUUUUGGCCAAUUGUACGUCCCAUUUUCCAACUGAACUAUCCGCACAUCCUCUAUAUCCCCUUUAAAUUCACUAUACAAUGGAAGCACCAUUGCUCGUGAAGGACUUCCCUCAUCAAAUGCGCGUUACAACUGGUAAUGACUUGAAAUCAAAGUAGAUCAUGGAAUCAUAUGUACAGCUAUUGACUCAUAUAGCAGAAUUCAUAUUUUGUAAAAUGUAUCAAUACAGAAAAAUAAAAUGCUUAUUGUAUUCCUUAAUUUUUUUAAGUUUAAUGUGAAAAAAAGUUUACCGUGAUCUAAAACGAGACUCUCCGAAAAGUGUCUCAUUUAGUCUCAGGUUUCGAGAUCAUGUGAACC